UGUUGGGGGGGGGAGGGGCUAAACCACCCGGGGCAGAUCGCUGCGCAUGCGCACUGAACCCCCCUCACCCCUCCCCUCUCCCUCUCUCUCCGGUGAAGAUGGCGCCAGCACGCUCUCACAAGAAGCCAGGGGUGCAGAAAACCAAGGGUGGCAAGAAGAAGAAGCUGGUGCUGAAAUUUACGCUGGACUGCACACACCCCGUGGAGGAUGGCAUCAUGGACUCGGCCAACUUUGGCCACCUUCCCUAGUCCAGUCUAGGGUGCUCUUCCCUAGCACCCAUGGUGCGCUGUGUCACGGGCAACAGGAGCAGUUCCUGAAGGAGCGCAUCAAGGUGGACGGCAAGACGGGCAAAGUGAGCGAGCACUCGGCCGUGACGGUGGAGCGCAGCAAGAGCAAGAUCACCGUCUCCUCCGAGAUCCCCUUCUCCAAGCGGUACCUCAAGUACCUGACGAAGAAGUACCUGAAGAAGAACAACCUGCGGGACUGGCUGCGUGUGGUCGCCGCCAGCAAGGACUCUUACGAGCUGCGCUACUUCCAGAUCAACCAGGACGAGGAGGAGGAAGACGAAGAGGACUAAGCACUGGGCGUGCCCCCCUCGUUCUGCUCGCUGUCCGGUUGUUGGCCGCGCAAUGCCAAUAAAAAUGACUCGUGGAGUUUGA